UCAAAGCCCAUUUGUCAGAGAGGAAAAUUGACGUGAAUUUUCAGUUCGUGGUCGUGUUGUGGUUUUCUUUUGCAAAAACUGUGAAAAUAUUGAAAUUGGUGAAUUCAAUUGUGAAAAAAUUUAAACAUUUACUCGGUAUACCGGUGGUGUUUGUGGUCUGGACCAUUAUCAUUUAAAACAAGUGCUACGAACAUCAUCUAAAUCUAUGCAAUAUGGGCAACAGCGAUUCUAAACUAAACUUUCGCAAGUCGAUUGUGCAGCUGACGCAGAAAAAUCAAAAGAUCGAUGCUGACGACCCAUUUUGGGAGCAAUUCUGGUGUGGCCAUCAGACCUCUUUGGAAGAUGUAUUUGCUUUGGUGACUGCCUCGGAGAUACGCAAUAUUCGCAACGAUAAUCCAGCUAAUUUGGCCACUUUGUGUUAUAAGGCUGUGGAAAAACUUGCGGAGGCGGUCGACAGCAGUUGUCGCACACAGGCCGAGCAGUCUUGUGUUUUGAAUUGUGUGCGUUUGCUGAUACGUGUUAUGCCCUAUAUAUUCGAGGAUGAUAAGUGGCGUCAUUUCUUUUGGAGUAGUUUGCCUGCCCAGGAGCAGCGACAUCAAAGGGACGAAGGACAUGCUGAGCAUGGACAGGUCAUGGGUGAGAGUGAGCAGAUAACAAAUCAAAAUCAGACUGUUCCAUUGGCCCAGAGCCUGUUGAAUGCAGUGUGUGAUUUGCUGUUUUGCCCCGACUUUACUGUGACGGCCGCCACAAGGCGACCGGGACCAGAGAAGGCAGAAGAAUUGGCAAAUAUCGAUAGUUGUGAAUACAUCUGGGAGGCCGGUGUGGGUUUUGCUCAUUCCCCGCCCAAGAACACCAAUAUGGAGCGAAGACGUACGGAAUUAUUGAAACUAUUGCUGACGUGUUUCUCAGAGCCCAUGUAUAGGGCACCCCAACCUGCAGACGAACCCAAUAAAUGGAUUGCUUACUUUACCUCAGCCGAUAAUCGUCAUGCACUGCCCCUUUUCACCUCCUUCUUGAAUACAGUAUGUGCUUAUGAUCCUGUGGGUUUCGGUGUACCCUAUAACCAUUUACUAUUUACGGACACCACUGAGGCCUUGGUGGAAGCCUGUCUGCAAAUCUUGAUUGUUACGCUGGACCAUGAUAUGAUUGUGCAGCAGCAACACCAACUGGAGCUACAACGACAUGGUAAAGCCGGCAUGGGACCAGGUCCCUACGAUGAUGUGUGUGGUGAUAAUCUCUUCAUCAACUACUUGUCGCGGGUACAUCGCGAUGAAGAUUUCCAUUUCAUAUUGAAGGGCAUUACACGUUUGCUAAACAAUCCCUUGGUGCAAAAUUACUUGCCCAACUCAACCAAACGUCUGCAUUGUCAUCAGGAAUUGUUGAUAUUAUUUUGGAAGAUUUGUGACUAUAACAAGAAGUUUUUGUAUUUCGUUUUAAAGAGCUCCGACGUUUUGGAUAUUCUCAUACCCAUACUCUAUCAUUUGAAUUAUUCGCGUGCCGAUCAAUCGAAGGUGGGCCUGAUGCAUAUAGGUGUCUUCAUAUUGCUUUUGUUGUCAGGCGAGCGUAAUUUCGGUGUGCGCUUGAACAAACCCUACACAGCAACUGUGCCGAUGGAUAUACCCGUGUUUACGGGCACCCACGCUGACCUCUUGAUAACCGUAUUCCAUAAGAUCAUCGCUACGGGUCAUCAACGUUUGCAGCCCUUAUUCGACUGUUUGCUCACCAUCUUGGUGAAUGUUUCGCCCUACCUUAAGACUUUGUCCAUGGUGGCUAGUGUGAAACUUUUGCAUUUAUUAGAGGCUUUUAGCACACCAUGGUUCUUACUCUCAGCUCCGAGUAAUCAUCAUUUGGUGUUUUUCUUGUUGGAGAUUUUCAACAACAUCAUACAGUACCAAUUCGAUGGAAAUUCCAAUUUGGUGUACACCAUAAUACGCAAGCGACAUGUAUUUCAUGCCAUGGCAAAUUUGCCCUCCGACAUGGCGGGCAUUGCCAAGUGCUUAAGUGGACGCAAGGUGGGAAAAUUUAAUUUACCCCCAGUACGACAAAAAAGGAUAACAACAGUGGUGCAAAACUUCCAGAACAAUCAAUUGCCAGAUUGUGAGGAGGAGGACGACGAUGAAGAUGAUGUGGAGGAAGAGGGUAAUGCUGUCAAGAAUGGCCCAAACAGCCAUAGGAGUGUGGAGUCAGAAACGGAAUCCCAACAACAAACGGGUGAGGAGCAAAUGGAGGGUGCUUUUCCAGCGAUGCCUGCAGAGCCGGGUACAUUGAAAGCAUCGCUGCCUGAUACACCAGCUUUACAUCAAAUGACUGAAAGAGAGCAAGCCCAUCCAGGCAAUAACUCCGCUGACCAAACGCCGACAAUUGAUGGCACUUCGGAUAUUGUGGGGUUUGAAAAGGCCAGUGAAAAAUCUCCCACUAAGUCUCCGACCAAUAGUCCCAAUGGCAAUGUAGAACGAGAUGAGAAAUCAGUUAGCCGUCUUUCCGUAGCCCAUCGCAGCAGUAUUCGCAUGGUCCACCAGCCAUCGAUGGAGGUGUGGACUCCCACCCCCGAAUGGAUUGUGUCUUGGCGUUCCAAACUACCUUUGCAAACAAUUAUGCGUCUGCUGCAGGUCUUAGUCCCCCAGGUGGAGAAAAUAUGCAUUGACAAAGGGCUAACCGAUGAGUCGGAAAUAUUAAAGUUCUUGCAACAUGGUACACUGGUGGGUCUGCUGCCAGUGCCCCAUCCCAUUCUUAUACGAAAGUACCAGGCCAAUGCUGGCACAACGGCUUGGUUCCGCACAUACAUUUGGGGUGUCAUCUAUCUGCGAAAUGUUGAACCAGCCAUUUGGUACGACACCGAAGUAAAGCUAUUCGAAAUCCAAAGAGUCUAAUAGGUGUAGGAAAACCACAAAUCUCACUAUAACUAUUAAGGGCUUUAAUUUAACUCCACUUUUCCCAGUCUUAGUAAUACAUACUAUACACAACAUGACAAAAACGCUCAAAAAUCGACGUCUGCUUUUGUUUGGUUAAUUUGAUUACAUAUGACGACGUACAUAUUUACAACAGAAAGCAAAACACACAACACGCCCCAAACACAAAGAAAAAUCAAUAGCCCCUUAUCGCUUAUUUAUUUUUUAUCAAAUGGCACUUGAAAUAGAGGUAACCAUUAUGGGUCGUCUAAUUGUUUUAUGUGCCUCCCCAACAUUGCUAUCUUAACAAUGAAUUUACCUCGAUGUAUAUAUACUAGAUACUCUUUAACAACAAUCCUUUACCACAAAUACCCAAAAACACACCACCAAUCCAUAUACUAGAUGAUAUGUGAUGCUUAUUUAUGUUAGUGUAUACUCCCAUAACUUUAGCUUGUCGUUUUUUGUUUGUCCUAAAUGUAAGUGCAAUUUUUUGUUAGUUUCAAUUUUUAAGAAAAAGAAAAAAACCAAUCGCUAGAAUUCCGUUAAAAUCUACACAACAAGUAUUUAUAAAAAGAAACGAAAAGGAAAUUAUGAUAUACUAUAUACAGAGAAAUACUUAUAUUCCAUAUUAUUAUUGUAUCGUGUUACAAAUAAAUCAAAAUACAUAUGUAUCUCUUACACCAGA